CUGUUUCAGAUCACAUUACAUGGACUUCAUUGCUUACAGCUGUGUUCUGUGUGUACAUUGCCGAAGUUUCGCUUUCAGCCGGAAAAUAUAACGUUGGAAGUUAUUGCAUCGUACUAAAAAAAUAAACAAAAAACUUUUUAUUAUAUCUAUAUUAAGUUUUAUUAAGUAGGACAGAGUAGCGGAAAGUUCGCAUUUCCGGACAGCGUUCAUCUAAUAUUUAAAUGCAAACUAACAUGUGAUUAUAAAGCCUUGUUUACUUAUUGAACCGUUUUAAAGAAGAUUUUUACAUUAUGGCGGAUGGAGCGGUGAAUUUUGGAGCCAGUAUGAACCAAAGUUGUUUGACCUCUCGAGCAAAGAAAGCCAACAACAACAGCACUUCAGUUCCAGCGAACACGAGGAGAAAGACUCGACAGAGCCACAGAAGAGACAUUCAUAACCGGGUUGUCUUGGAGAAGGUGCUUGGCAUCACUGCCUCCAGCAGCAGCGCUUUAACCUGUGACCCCAACACCGGUUUAGUGGCUUAUCCUGCAGGCUGUGUUAUAGUCAUCCUGAGCCCAAAGAAAAACAAGCAGACGCACAUAUUUAAUACAUCCAGGAAAACCUUCAGCGCUUUGGCCUUCUCUCAGAAUGGAAAAUAUUUGGUCACCGGUGAGAGUGGGCACAUGCCCUGUGUGCGGGUGUGGGAUGUGGCAGAGCGGACGCAGGUGGCAGAGGUCCAGUGUCAUAAGUAUGGGGUGUCAUGUGUGGCAUUCUCCCCCAACGGGAGCUAUAUAGUGUCUGUGGGAUACCAACACGACAGGACUGUCAGCGUCUGGGAGUGGAAGAAGGGGACUGUUAUCGCGUCUAACAAGGUGUCCAGCCGUGUGCUUGGUGUAUCUUUCUCAGAGGACAACAGCUACUUUGUAACUGCAGGCAACAGACAUGUGAAGUUCUGGUACCUUGAUGCCUCAAAGGAAAGAAGGGUGAACAGCACCGUGCCUCUGAUCGGCCGCUCGGGUUUGCUGGGGGAGCAUCAGAACAGUCAGUUCUGUGGUUUGGCUUGUGGCCGCGGGUCGAUGGCCAGCAGCACCUACUGCAUCACACACACGGGUCUGCUGUGCCAAUUCAACAGUAACAGACAGCUGGAUUCCUGGGUUGAUCUCAAGACUACAUCAGCACAGUGUUUAUCAGUGAGCGGGACGUUUGUUUUUUGCGGUUGUGCCGAUGGGACAGUUCGUGUGUUCAGCCCACAGGAUCUCCGCUACAUCACCACUCUACACCGGCCACAUUGUCUGGGAGUGGAUGUGUCUCAGGGCACACAGCCAGGGCAUUUGUUCAGUGCAAAUCCAGAAGCACAGUAUCCAGAUACCUUGGCUUUAACCUUUGACCCCGUGACCAAGCACUUGACGUGCGUGUAUAAUGACCACAGCGUGUACGUUUGGGAUGUGCGGGACAUCAGGAACGUAGGAAAGGUCUAUUCAGCCCUGUACCACAGCGGAUGUGUGUGGAGUGUGGAGACCUAUCCAGAGCUUGAAGAUCCAUCGGCGGCCUGUUUGUCACCGGGGUCUUUCCUCACUUGCUCAUCUGAUAACACCAUCCGCUUGUGGAGAAGCGAGUCCCCACAGAGUCACAGCGCUGCACUCGGCCUUCGACACAACCUUUAUAGCCAGGACAUUGUAAGGAUAGUGUAUGUGGAUGACGACACGCAGUACCUCAAAGCUGAAGCUGAGAAAGCAGAGGGAGGUGCUGGUCAGGAUGGCAAAUCUGGGAUCCGGGUGUUGGGAAUCAGCCCAGAUGGCCAGCAUUUGGCUGCUGGAGACCGCAGUGGAAACCUGAGAAUCUUUGGCUUGCAGUUUAUGGACGAGUUACAGAAAAUUGAAGCCCAUGAUUCAGAGGUCUUGUGUUUAGCCUUCUCCCCUGCUGAGACCGGUUUGCAUCUGUUGGCUUCAGCGAGUCGAGAUCGACUGAUUCACAUCUUUGACAUGGACAGCAAAUGUAACCUCGUGCAGACCGUCUAUGAUCAUUCGGCCUCAAUCACUGCUGUCAAGUUUACAGGCUUGAAUUCAGAGUUGUGUAUGGUCAGCUGUGGCGCAGACAAGAGUGUUUAUUUUCGAUCUGCUGAGAAAACUUCAGAUGGCUUAGUCUUCUCACGAUCACAUCACAUAGUGGAGAAGACAACGCUGUAUGACAUGGACCUGGAUGCCACACGCACACACACAGCCAUUGCGUGUCAGGACCGCAACAUCAGAGUUUACAAUGUGAAGAGUGGAAAGAUGAAGAAGUGUUUCAAGGGCUCUAUGAAUGAUGACGGGACACUGCUAAAGGUUCAGUUGGAUCCCUCUGGGAUGUUCUUGGCCACCAGUUGUUCAGACAAAAAUAUCUGUGUCUUUGAUUAUGAGUCAGGCGAAUGUGUGGCCACCUUAUUUGGACAUUCAGAAAUAGUUACAGGUAUGAAGUUCAGCCAGGACUGCAGGCAUCUCAUCACUGUGUCUGGUGACAGCUGUGUGUUUGUGUGGCGUCUGGACUCUCAGAUGACCAACUCCAUGAGGAAGAGGUUGGCAGAGAGGAAGCAGCAAGCAGGCCUGAGGCUCCAGCGGGCUCCCACAAAACAAGAAGUCAUCAGACGAGAGACCUACAUCACCGUGCCCUGUAAUGCACUGACCCAUAUGGAGGAAGAUGGCUUGAUGGCUGAAGUAAACCCUGAAGACGGUUUGGAGGACUGCAGAACCCCUGAUAGACUCGACUCUACAGAUGCAUCUUUAGAUUCUGUGGUGCUCCAAACCAAUGGCAAAAUGCCAAUGUGGGUCCGCAGACUGGGUGGAGAAGGUGAAAAGGAUGGUACCGGCGCCGCUAAUAGAGUUCAGUACCAGCCCCAGGGACGCUGGGCAGUGCAGUCAGAUCCACUCGCUAUCCGCACAGUGCUGGAAAUGAAGAGCAAUCAGCUUCCUCUCUCACACACUCCCAGCAGAGUCAUGGGGGAGGAAGAGCUGGAGGAAGACCCUCGCUUCCACCCGCAGAGCCUGGACAGCCUGCUGGAUGAAGAUCUUGAAGAUGGAGAAGAGGAGGAGGAGGAAAAGAUAUGUGGUGUUUCCAGCGAUGGCUUUAGCUCUUCACUCCACGGGCCAGAAUUUCUGCAGUUUCCACAUGGAGAGGAGAACUUCAAUCCAGAGCUCAGCUCCUCAGAAAAGACCGGAUAUAUUUUAUAUCCUGCUAACAGCACAGCUCUGUCCACUGGUGAAGGGGAGUUUGAUGUUAAAGCUCUGUGUGAGGGCACUGCUGGUGAUCCUGAUGAAGAGGAGUUAAGUCCAGAUAGUGCUUGCUCUGCUGAAAGUCCAGAAUCUCAUAGUGACCAGCCGCAUGACCAGGACACAGAUUCCCUCAGUCAGGUGAGCUCUACGGGAAGCUCAGGAGUUGAAGAGGAUGAAGAAGAAUCUGGAACUCUGCUUCGCCAGCAUUUCGACACUCUGGGUGUGGCCACAAAUGAAAAGUUCAACACUGACUUAAGCAGUCUGCAGCCCACGACAGAGAGCAACUUCCUCAAUCCUCGUCUCAGCAUCUCUACACGCUUCCUCUCCCGCUUUCAGAGCCGUUUCCGCAGUGCUGCUUGUCGGCCUGCAGCAUGCCUGUCCAGUAUACCUGAUGAGUCCACUGACAGCCAAACCCUGGACCAAACCAUGGAAAAGCCCAAGCAUCUUUCAAACAGUGGAAGCGUUGAGGAGAAAGAGAAGACUGUUAUCAAGAGACGCUCCUCAAUGUCUUCUCGGAGAAGCUCAAACCCUUCCUUGUUACGCUGGAAAAAUGCAUUGGGAGAAAUCACAAACAAAAAUCAGUCCACGACUCAAAGUACCACUAGUGCUCCAGGCGUUCUCAGCAACAAGUCUACCAGCAACUCAUGUGACGCAUCUGUUACGCGCUCCCGCCAAAGCUACAUGGGUCCCACCGCAAGCUCCCGUGCUAAAAUAAACCAAAGCAACUCCGUGGAGAGUCUCAACCUCUGUAUAUCGGAGGAAACGCCACUAAACGCCUUACCAAAUGUCGAGCACAGCAAAGAGAACAUGAUCCCACCAUCCUCUCCUGUGGUUUCGUCUGCACCGCUUCAUCAGUCUCCUGUCCUGGGAAACCACAGUGCCCGGGCAUCUCUUCGACUGGACCUCAUUGGCCACAAUCGUGCCAGUUUGUCACCUGUGUCACUGAAGAGCCGCCGAGGGAAGGUCGAACAUCACGAUUCUCCACGGCGCCAGGCUUUAGUGACGCCCACCGAGAUGAGGUCACUGGGGAAAGAGAGUCGCAAGCAAAUCUCAAACAUUGAGCAGAGUUUGGCCCCUUCAGACAGGCUCUCUACAGGGGCCGGGAUGUUUAGCAGGAGCCCCAUGGUCAGGCAAACCAGUGAUACUGUGUUUGAAGACCUGCAGUCAGUGAGAUCUGACCAGACGUCUGUGAGUUCUCCAAUGACCAACGCAGUAUCUCAGGACAAUCAAGAUUCUGCAGAUAACAACAGCAUUCCAGAGGAAACGGGUCUUUCUGCGGAGGCGUUGAGUGUUCAGAUGUGUAAGGAGAUGGUGAAUGAACUCUGGCACACCAUCCAUAAAGCAACUGACUUGUACAGCAAGCUGUGCUCCAUCCCUGAGUUAUCAGAGCAGCAGGAGCAGAUGAAGGGCGUUUUGCAGGAGGUGUUUGUGGGGGUACAGAGCGAGUUAAAUUCAAUCUGCCCACAAAAGACACAACCAUCGACUAAGAGCACCCGUCCCAUAUCAGAGGACUCUCCAGGUCGUCAGUUAAGGGAUGACCGAGCCGUGGCCCUUCUGGAGAAAUACUCUGAAAUGCUCUUACUGCGAAUGACUGAGAAAGGAGCGCAGGCUACGCUGGAGUAACAGCUUUCUUCCUGUCAUCUAAUUGGCCAAAACAACCCCCAAAUCCCCUAAAAAGCACCUUUAAACCUUAACGUGUUACAUUUUGGUUUUACAUUUUUAAAUAAACGUAUAUGCGUAUUUGAAACUUGUUUGCAAUGCUGAGUCCUCCACCUUUUUAUAUUUGUUUUUAACACUACAUUUCAGUACAUGAGUGUGUAUUAGGUCUCGCACACAUUUCUUCUUUAAAAAAACUUCAAUCAAGGACUUUUUUUCUUCUCCAAAAUGUUUAUAGAGUCAUGUACAGUUUUGAAACAGUGUUACUUUUGAAUGCGAACAAUAUUAUGUAGCGAGUUUUCUCUUGAGGUUCAGGUUGUUUGAUGCGUUUGUAGCUCUUCACCAUUUCUACAGGGUGUUCUGUUGUCUUAUUUCAGGUGUUUUCUUUCUGAAUAGUGCUGUGUCGAUAUUUUCCGUAGCAUCAGGCUCUGACUCACAGUUUGCUUGCACUGGUGUGCUGAUUAUGCUUUGUUAAUGUGCAAUCUAUUGUUGUUGUUUUUCACUAAACAUCAUGUAUAGUUAUUUUUUUUAGGAAAGCCUUGUAAAUAUGUUUUAAUCAGCCAUUUGUGUUUUAUUAUUAAAUGUUGAAAUAAU